UGUUCAAAACUUCUAUAAAUAGGGACUGUGUUCAUAGUAGCACAUUAGCAAGUAGCAACACAGACAUUUCCCAUAUUUUGUUUUCCUUUUCAUUCAUAACUUCUGCACUAAGACAAAAAGCAUUCUCUGAAAAUGAUCAAAUUCAAAACUCUGUGACCAUACAAAUCUGCCACCAGAAUUUCUAACACCACUCUCUAUUUUUUUCAUCUCUCACUUUUUGUUUCAUUGCAAAACCAAAAACACACUUCAAACAAAUGACAAGUUGUUCAUUUCCCAUUCACAGUUUUGUUCCUGUUGGAUUCAGAUUCCGUCCUACCGAUCAAGAGCUUGUUAACCACUAUCUAACUAACAAAUUACUCGGCAAUGUUUCCGUUGUUAACAAUGUUAUAGCGGAAGUUGAUGUAUGCAAGUUCGAACCAUGGGAGUUACCAGGUUUUUCUGUUAUAAAAUCGGAUGAUCCAGAGUGGUUUUUUCUGUCUCCGCGUGAUUAUAAAUAUGCUAACAGUAAGAGGUUUAACCGGGCUACAAAGUAUGGAUUUUGGAAGGCUACUGGUAAUGACAGGAACGUUAAGAUUAGGGGUAGUGAUAAGGUUAUUGGGACUAAGAAGACUCUUGUUUAUUAUAAAGGUCGUGUUCCUGGUGUUAAGACCAAUUGGGUUAUUCAUGAGUAUCAUGCUGUCAACUUUGAGGAUGUUCAGAGGACUUUUGUUUUAUGCCGCUUGAUGAAGAAAGCGGAGAAAAACCCCGAAGAGGAAGCUGAUAUAAUGAUCUGUGAUGAAGGGGAGCCUAGCAGACACAUUAGUUCCGACUACUACGAAAAUCAAGUAGUAGAAGGAAUUCCAGAUGUAAUAAGCGAUCCUUUAUCGGAAAUGAACAUGGAAUCGAUAUUUCAAGAGCCACAUCAGACAGGUAGAUACUUUCCCUUCUCAACGCGACAAACUUCAAUCUCUGAAAAUGAGCGGGAGGUCUCUGUGUCAAACUUCCGAUUUCCCGAUGCCUAUUUUGGAAAUGAGAAUAUCGACUAUCAGAGUCCGUUUGAAACUAUUGAAGAGGAAGAUAAGUUCGUCAACUCAAUGUUGAUUGACAGGGAAUUCGUUACUAGUGAAAAACGAAGACAGACUUUUGUCAACGGUUCCAUCGAGCCCGAGUCGUUGAGAAUGGUCUACUAUAAAAACAGCGACGCAGAUGUUGAAGUAGUCUCUGCAGCGCCGUUACGCAAUUUUCUAGAUACUUCAACAAUGUAUCUUGAACAUCCUAGUUCGGGCGAAUAUGUAAGGACUCAUGUUCUAUCUUUUAACAAUGACGAGAGAGACGAACAUGAGAGUACCUAUUGUGACGAUUUUGGGGGAGUGGAGGCAUCCUCUUGUGACUCAACUGCUGGUAAACCUUUGGAGAUGAGCUGUGUCGAAAUUUCUAGUUCUUAUUCAACACCAAGAAGAGACAAAAACCAGUAUCAUCCAUCUCCGUGUCACAAAUAGACGUGUCAAGACGAUCACAAACACAGAAGAUCCAAUUUUGAGAAUUUGGGAAUAGAGAGGAGGCUUGAGAAGGUGCAAGAGCAAAGCUAGGAAUUUGGAGGAAUUUAGAGAAUAAAAGUUAGAAUUUUUGCGCUACUGUUAGGAUAAUCAGAUAAGGGAGAGACUAUCUCAAUAAAGGAUAUAUGUAUAAGGGAUAGAAUUGAGGAGUCUUUAACCUCCAAUAGGGCUUUGAGAUUUUAUCAAAUUUAUGUUAUUGAUGUGAAAAUUGUGUGCUAUUUCGUUGUAGAGUUUAUGUGUUUUUGUGCAUAAUUGUUGGUAUGAAUUGUUGUUCCUAUGUUGUUGCGUUACUGUUAACAUCUAUUGAUAGAGCUUGGAAGAAUUUUGUUGAAAAAAUCUUGAUAAAAAGAGCUUAUGCAUGAGAGGUAGGGUAAAAGAGUCCUUAACCUCCCAAUAAGAUUAAUUGAUUCGUUGAGAAUUCAGAAUUUGAUGAUCUUAUUUAAUUUUAUGUUGUUGUGCGUGUUGAAUUUCACGUGUCAAUGUAUGAAUGAAAUUCUGUUUCGGUGUGUUCAUGUAUUUUCUACCAUUGAUGAUGUUGAAAGUUUUAGGGAGUUGCAAAAAUAUUGGAUCCAUGAGUAUGCUUGUUAAACUGUUAAUUUGAUGUUAAUUGGUGAAGAUGUGAAGAGAUUAUAGUAGCAACUUGGUUUACUAUGUUAUAAACUUGAAAUAAGCUAAUUGGUUGUUAGGGAGCGUUAGGGAGGGGGUUGGAAAUUAAACAAUUCUGAUGCACAUAUUUAAAACUAUAAUUUUUUGAAAAAACUACAGUGACAAUCGAUUGCGUUAGUUGAAAUUUUUAAAAGAAAUAAUAGUGCAAUCGAUUGUGCUAGAUGACAAUUAAUUAUCAUGCCUAGAAAAGUGUUUUUUUUUACUUCAGUAGUAAAAUGUGUUUCAGUGAUAAUCGUUGCAUCAGAUGACAAUCGAUUGCACCAGAUGACAAUCGAUUGUUAUAGGCCAAAUGGUAAAAAAUUAUGCUUUUCUUUUGUGGCAUUGUCUUACGAUUUUGACCGUAAC